GACUCCAAAGUAUCGAACAUUUUCCAAAUAAGUUAAGACUUACAGGUCUAUGUUACCAGGUCAUAAAAAAAGUAUAACAUCGUUUAAAAAUAAAUUUAUAAAUGUAGUAGCCGUUACAGUUACAUUUUCGAAAUAUUGUUUAAUUUUUUUAAUGUUAUAUUUUAUAUAGUUAAUAAUUGUAAUAUAAUAGGAGUAGUAGGAACUGGAAAUAAAGAAAUAUUUUUAGUUAUAAAGAAGAUGGAAAAUCCGACAAAAAGUCAGCGUGGUAUGAUAACAAUAACUUGGCGUCUUAUCUUCAGGGAAAUACAACCAUUAUUUAGAGAAAUUGUGGAGAAGUUUGAGCUUUUACAUAAAUUUGAUGAAAAAGAAAAUGAUGUUGUGGAUAAAAUGUGGAAUGUGUACAAACUUUGCAAUGAUCAAAUCAGAAAGUGUAUUCUUAUAUUAAUAGAAAUUUUUGACCAUAAAAAGGAAUACAAUUAUUGUAAUCAGGAAAGCUUACAAUGUAUUCUGGAACGUCUAUCUUGCUGUCAUCAGAAGUUACAAUCAAUUGAUUCACAUGUGGAUACACUUUUUGGUAGCAGUCAUAGCAUCAUGGAUGAGUCCAUAAAUAUCAACACAAUGUAUUUUGUUAAUUGGAUAGAUCAGACAUUUGAUAUUCUCAAUAAUCUUUCAAAUACAGUAUACAAAACAGAUUACAAAAGCUCUGAGGAUCGUUACGAGCAUUGGAAAGACAAUCUUGUAAUAUGUGUUAGUGGAAUUCAUACAUGUAUAGAUGAAAUGCUAUUGUCAGCUAUGACGCUUUGUAAAUACUGUCUGCCGAUGGAUCAGCAUAUUAUCAAGGCCCGAUGUCAAGUGGUGCUAAGAGAAACGAAGGUCCUCCUCUCUGACCUAAUAAAAGGCGACUUAGAUUCCGUAUUUCAUGCUUCAAAAGAGAAUUUAAUUCUGCCAAUAAAACCGUCAAAUAUUUAUGUACUAAUAGAUGUGCUAAAGGAUGUUCUAUAUGUACUAGAAACAAACACAAACACAGCACUGUUGGCUCUUCUCAUCCAUUGUUUCUCAUAUAAUAUAUGUCCGGUGGAGAAAUUGAGAGCCCAUUUUGUUAACAAAUGUUCCUGCAAUGAGGAAUGUGAUUUUGUAAAGGACUUUGAUGUUUAUAAUGAACGGCUGAUGCAAAUUGGAUCUUUUGCUAUAUCAUGUUCGUCUGAUGAAAAUAGAGUUCUAAACCUUCGUAGUGGCUUAGCAAGUAUAGAAGGUCUGGAUUCACAUUUAGUUCCAGCGGUGAUGGUAGCACCGUUGGGCUAUAACGCAUCGUUAUUGAUUAAUAUUUGGAAGCGGGAAGUUGCUGAAAUAAGGGAUCAAGUGUUUCUUAUUGUUGAUCCGACAGCUUUUGCGCAGAGAGCAAAGCAAAUGAUGCACAGUACCUUACUUGAGAUUAUAAAAGAUAAAGCUUACAAUAACACUAAAGUGUGUGAAGUGAUCAACACUGGUUGUGUGUUAAGUGAUUUUUUUCACGUGUAUCGAACCAACGAACCGGACGCUCUGACUCAUCAUGAUAAACUGCUAACAUUGUUAAGUGACUUAGAUAAAGUGAUACCAGAAUGCAAAAUUGUCAGUAAUAUGUUGGCAACACAGGACGACUUUAAAUACAAAACGAAAAUCACAGACUCAAAAGCGACUUUCGAACAAUUAAUUAAGAGAUUAAAACUCCUCUAUACAAUAGUGAAUAAAAUAAAUUGUCUAUUAUCACCCGAGGAAGAUAUUUUUGAGGAAUCAAUUAGAAACGAGACUUUCUCAGUGGCUAAGACGAUUGAUAAGAAAACGAUGAAUUUGACUAAGAUGUUUCGGACGAAUGUUAAGUCGUCCACGGCGAAGUUUCCUUUGGCGAUUUUGACUAAGAAUUUCAAGGCGAAGACGGAACUCAGUUUUUCAUUAAAAUUGGAUGAAAUGUGUGAUAUUUCGGAUAUAAAGGGCCGUAACACAUCGAUUUUAUAUUCGCCGAUGAAAAAGGGCUCAUUACGAAAAGCGUUAUUGAGUCGAUGCAUGAAAGUGGAAACUGUAGCAGAUUGUAAUGAGGAUGAAGAAGACGAAAUGCUGAGCUUGCAAAUAACGGAUGUUUUAAAUGACUUAAACAAUUUGACAAAAUCAAGACGAAUGAUGAAUGUAACAUAUAACGAUAACGAUUUAACGAAUGAUCUAAAGUUAUCAGUUAACGAAACAGUUACGAAUAUAACGGAUGUAAUGGACGAGCCGUCGAAUAUAGGAACCCUGGAAAGGAUUAAUGAUCUGAAAUUGGUGACUAGUAGAUUGAGUGAUUUGAAAUCAGCACAAGAGACCAGCGUUUAACUUUAAAUUUUAACUGUUAUUAAAAAUUAAGUGACACGAUAUUACAUGCUAUCGUUUAAACUGACCGACCUGAUUAGGCGUGUAUACAAUUUUUUUUUUUAAUUAACAAUGUACACUUACAUCGUCGAUUCAUCGAUUUAUUGGAUAGGAAAUUGGUGCGGAAUUUGUAAAGGAAUCAGAUAAAUUUAGAUAUAUACAUAUAACAUCUAUAAUUUUAUAUUGUUAUGAAAAAUUAAACUGGCUAAAAUUAUACAUCAAUAUUUAUAUUAGAUAAAAGGACAGGAAUUUUAAUGGAUAAAAGCAAGCGAAACGGUCAUGUCGAGUACAGGCAAAGAAUAUAUGAUUAAAAUCCCCAACGUCAUUGCCACACUCACAAGGGUAGGCAAAUGGUUCUCUCUUUAGUCGGCAUCUCAUGUCUGAGCGUCGUGGUCAGCAACGAAGCAUCUAGAACAGACUAUCUGCUCCCAUCGGUUUCUGUCCAGCGCUUCCCUUAGGACGAUGAGUCUUUCACUUGAUCGGUCCAUCUGGUUGGUGAACGCCCACGUGAUCUUUUGUCUUCUGUGUUACCAACCACGAUCAGUUUCUCCAAGUUCUCAUCGCCUUUGCGCAUUGUAUGGCCGAAAUACGGUAUGAUUCGCUGUAGGCAUAUGGUAGAAAAGCCGAGUUCGUAUGCAAAGUUUUUUUUUUUU